ACACCAGAUUACUAUAAGUUGGAAACCAUGGAAAUCCUCUUCUACAUCACAAAGGACAGGGAUUUCCACAUCGAAGGUCUGCAGAAAUCGGAGAUUGUACACUCUGCGGGUCAUACAUCUGAGAAAUCACACUCCUACCAGUCCGAAGCUCUGCACAGAUCAAAGACUUUAAACUCUACGGGUCAGCCGAACUCAGACAAUUCCCACUGCUACAUGACGAAAUGUCUGCACAGAUCAAAGACUUUGCAGAACGAAGAUUCAAAGAGACCCAAGACUUUCAAUUCUGAGAAUCUGCAGACACCAGACGAGCUCUACUCUCAUAGUUUCAGUGACUCGACCCAUCACCCCUUUGAGGAAAGACGAGGAAUCAAUCAUGUCCUCCAGAAGGGUCUCAAGGCACUCAUUCUCCAAAUUUCGAUGUUAAUGAAAAUCGUUCUGAAAUAUCGUCAUGUUUUUAUUUUCAUGGUUUUCCUGACCCGGGCAACCUGUGCAAAUGUUCAAGUACCUGUCCGUUGCACGAGUGUAGCCGUGAUUACAUCUCCAAAUUAUCCAUCUACAUACCCGCAAUUUAAGUUAAUGGAUUGGUUUCUCACAGCACCCAAAGGAAGAAUGAUCCUUCUGACCUUUACUAACUUCAGUCUAGGGUCUUCAGAUGACGUCGUGGUCAUAGACAUCGUUAACGAUCGAAAAAGGCAGCGCUACAAUGGAGAGCAAAGCACUAUCCCUCCAUUUUUGUCCAAGAGAAACAGCUUACUUUUGAGAUUUACAUCAAAUGGAAACCCCACAGGGUAUGGAUUCAACAUUUCUGCCUCAUGCUUCGAAUUGUCAGGAACACGAGUGGGGCGCCUCGAGGGGGGCAAUACACCAGCAGAGGGCUUCCUUGAACUACAAGCCGAGUCAGGAGGUGAAUGGAUGAGAGUGUGUGCAGAACAUUCAGCUGAACGGGUAGCGGAGGUUGUCUGUGGGGAACUUGGUUUCCCUGGCGUUAAAGAAAUGGCCUAUAAGCAAGGAGGAUGUUCCUUAGAAGGAGCUGACCCGGACUGUAUUCGGGCCCCUAGUUGUGGGAAAAACGCAUACCUUUCACAGGAUUGCUCUGCAUCAUCUGAAAAAUGUGCAUCGUCGCUGGCGGUCAAAGUCAAGUGCUUUGAGCCUGGAUUUAAAGGUUGUUCUAACUUAGGAAACACUCGACUCCAGAACGGAUUCUCAUUCGAGUCAACCUCCGAGUGUAUCACAACGUGCAGAGCGGACACAUCCCAGGCUAUAGCCAUUAUCAAUGGAAGUGAAUGCUUUUGCUCCACAACCGAUGACAUCGUACUUCUCUACCCCAUAAAAGACCAGUCAUGUGCUCUACAUCAAUUAGUUUAUAAUGCUUCUUUUGGCUUCUGUAAUCAGACGGAUGACGUCAUGAAUGGAUCUUGGGAUUCAAGCAUCACGUGGUUUGGCUCCAUUGUUCAUCUCACGUGUAAUGAUGGAUACAGUCUGAAUGGAAAUGGAACACUGCAGUGUGUAACAGGGGUGUCUUCAUACAUUCAUGUCUGGAACGGUACGAUUCCAACAUGUGAAAUGAUUAAAAUCAUGUUCGGUCAUGACCGCGUGUAA